AUGGGCGUUAUACGUAAGAAAACCAUCACCAGAGGGAGUGAAGGAGGUGUCAAAUACGUCUGCGACGUUUGUUCGUCUGAUAUCACAUCUACGGUCCGUAUUAGAUGUGCCGACUCAGCCUGUAGUGAUUUCGACCUCUGCGUCUCGUGUUUUGCCAAAGGAGAAGCCCGAAAUGCUCAUGACCCCGCGACCCAUGCCUUUCGUGUCAUUGAGCAGAACUCGUUUCCCAUCUUCGACCGGGAAUGGGGUGCCGAUGAAGAAUUACUCCUUCUCGAAGGCGCAGAGAUAUACGGUCUCGGUUCAUGGUCCGACAUUGCCGAUCAUAUUGGUGGAUUCCGAGAAAAGGACGAAGUCCGCGACCACUAUCUCCAGACCUAUGUCGACUCACCAUGUUUUCCGCUCCCGAAGCGAUGCGCCCCGAAAGAUUGUGAGCUAGCCAACGAGAUUCCCCGUGAAGAGUUCCAAUCGCGCAAAAAGAGGCGAAUAGAGGAACGGAGAGAUGCAGCCAAAAAUGCACCAGCCCUUCAGCCCAAGACGAAACCCACGGCUAGUGUACCGAGUUGUCAUGAAAUCCAGGGUUACAUGCCGGGUCGUUUGGAAUUUGAGACCGAAUACGCGAAUGAGGCAGAGGAAGCUGUCCAGCUUAUGCAAUUCGACCCUGGCGAUGGAUUGAAUCCCAGGACCGGUGAGCUUGAGCCCGAGAUGGAGCUCAAGCUGACUGUAAUGGACAUUUACAACUGCCGACUGACGCAACGUGUGGAACGCAAAAAGGUCAUCUUUGAGCACAAUCUCCUCGAUUACCGGGAAAACACCAAGCUGGAGAAGAAGCGCACAAAGGAAGAAAAGGACCUACUCCAGAAGGCCAAACCAUUUGCCCGGAUGAUGAACCACAAGGACUUUGAGGAUCUCAACCAGGGUCUCAUUGAUGAGCUCAACUUGAGACAAGCCAUCGCGCAGCUUCAGGAAUGGCGGAACAACCGGAUUGGAGAUCUUCGGAGUGGUGAAAAGUACGAAGCUGACAAGGCGUCACGCAUCCAAAAGUCGAUUCCCAUGGGAUCCAUGGACCGCGAGCGCUUGGCGUCUGCUCAGAGGUCAAAACAGCCUCCCCCCGAACCUCCCAGUGGAGCCGCCCUGCUUGUCGCCCCAGAGCUGCCCAUCCGGCCGUCGCCGACGCCCAACGGUGAGGUCAACGGGGACAGCAAGGCAUCGACGAACGGCCAGACCAAUGGUGUCAAUGGCGUAAACGGUGUGAACGGCGUCAAUGGGCAUGCACCACCAAAGCAGAAGUACACUGCGCAACCCAUCUCGGGCGUACAGCCCCUGCAGCUGAGCCAGGACAACGCGCCAGACUUGCAUUUACUCACACCUGAGGAAGCCAAACUGUGCGAAGUGAUUAGGCUGCAACCGAAGCCGUACUUGAUGAUCAAGGAACAGAUCCUCAAGGAGGCGCUCAAGACCAACGGCACGCUGAAGAAGAAGCAGGCCAAGGAGAUCUGCAGGUUGGACUCGCAGAAAGGAGGGAGGAUUUUCGAUUUCUUUAUCAACUCGGGAUGGGUGGGCAAGGCGUGA